CGAGGACGCUGCUGUUGCUGAUGAUGACGAUGAUGAUGAAGCCAACAGUAAAGCAUAGAGAGCUGAGAUGAUGGCAGUGACACUCCAGCGCUCACUGAUGUUCAUUUAAUCGUGUUUUGAACGAUAUUGGUGAUAAUAACGAUGGAGGGCAUUUCCUCUCCCAGGCCUGAGCAUCUCGUGCUGUUAGUAAAUAAGCUGAAGGAAGUGUUCGACAUGUGUGAUGAAGAUGAAGACGGAUUUAUACGAGUUGAGCACUUCGUGCAUCUCGGAAGACAGUUCGGCCAAACGGAUGAGGAGAUUAAGAAGUUCGCCGAGUGUCUAGACCCCAACGCUAACGGCAAGAUCAGCUUUAAAGACUUCUGUCAUGGAGUGUUUGCCAUUAAAGGUUGUGAUGAUAUCCUGAAGAACAUUCUGGAUUCAACCACCAUGGACACACACUCAUAUCAGACAGACAACAACUUUUAUUAUCAGAGCGGUGAUGAGAGUGUCGCUACGCAGCCCUGCCUGUUGUACCCUCUCGACUCUGAAAUGGACAGCAGUGCCGGGUCCGAGUCAUCUGAUGGUCGCCAUGAUGAGAAAGAGGAAGUCCUCGGCGGACUCUUUCUACCUGGAAACAGUUCGGGUCAACUCGUCUCGUCAGCGGCUGCGUCCGUCAUUUCAGCCGAGGAGCAGUUUGAAGAUUACGGAGAAGGAGAAGAUGUGGAGUUUAUUCCUAGUAGCCCGUGUGCUGAUGAUGAUACAAGGACUAACGGGUUUUCGGACCUGGGCUCCUCACUGCCUUCCAGUGCCGGACAUACCCCUCAGAAAAUCCGACACUUUUACAACAGCGAGCUCCUGGAUGUUUACUGCUCUCAGUGCUGUAAAAAAGUGAACUUGCUCAACGACCUUGAGGCUCGACUCAAAAACCUCAAAGCAAACAGUCCAAACAGGAAGAUCUCCAGCACAGCUUUUGGAAGGCAGCUUUUCCAUCACAGUAAUUUCAGCAGUAGUCAUGGCAGCACCGAGGAUUUAUUCCACGACAGCAUCGACUCCUGUGACAUUGACAUUACUGAGAAGGUGAGUUACCUGGAGAAGAAGGUAUCAGAGCUGGAGAAUGACAGCCUGGCAAACGGAGACCUGAAAUCCAAACUGAAACAGGACAACACACAGCUGGUUCACAGAGUACAUGAGCUGGAGGAGCAGAUUAAGGACCAGGAGACUCGAGCAGAGCAAAGUUUGGAGGAGGAGCUGAAGAGACACAGAGAGGUUUAUAGCAAGAUGGAGAAAGACAAGAGCAACCAAAUAGAGUUGCUUUCUAACAGAGUACAGCAGCUAGAGGAGGAGAACACUGAGAUGAAGGUGAACGUUUGCAGAUUGAAGUCUCAGACUGAAAAACUGGACCAGGAGAAACAGCGCAUGACUGAUAAACUGGAAGACACGAGUCUGCGUCUAAAGGACGAGAUGGAUCUGUAUAAGAAGAUGAUGGACAAACUGUGGCAGAACAGACACGAAUUUCAGAAAGAACGAGAGGCCAUGCAGGAACUGAUAGAGGACCUGCGCCGGGAGCUGGAGCAUCUGCAGAUGUUCAAGUUAGAAACGGAGAAACCUGGGCGUGGUAGAAAUUCCUUGUCUGAAUUCAGCUCUCGAACACGCGAGAUUGAGCUCGAGCAUGAAGUCAAACGCCUGAGACAGGAAAACCAUAAACUGCGGGACCAGAACGACGAUCUGAAUGGACAGAUUCUCAGUCUGAGUCUGUAUGAGGCAAAAAACCUCUUUGCUUGCCACACUAAAGCACAGAGUCUCGCCACUGAGAUUGACAACGCAUCCAGAGACGAGUUGGUCGAGGCUCUGAAGGAACAAGAGGAAAUCAACUUCCGGCUCCGUCAGUACAUGGAUAAGAUCAUCCUGGCUAUACUGGACCACAAUCCCUCCAUCCUGGAAAUCAAGCACUAGAUCCGUCCUGAUGUAGUAAAGGUUGGCAGUUUGUGCCACCUUGUGGCUGGGGGAGUGAGACACCUCACUCCACAUCUGGAUCAGGAGAAAAAACUGAUACAUCUAGAAUAUAAUGUAAAAUAUAUUCUCCAUUGUACAUUCAAUUUUGUGUACACACACUUCACUGUCUCGAUCGUUUCACUUACCUCACACAGUGUAGUUCUUCAUUAAAGUCAGUCCAGGAUGGUUUCUUGUUAUUGGCUAAAAGUAGGAUAAAAUAUAAGACUAGUACCACUAACAGCUUCUGCUUCUACAUCGCAGAGCAGCUGCUGAUGUCAGAAUGCAGUGGCCACAAAUUUAACUUCCAGUUUACAUGAAACUGGUUAGUUCAUGUCUCUGAUCAGACAGAACCAAACGAACCAAUAUUUUUCAUAAUUGUCUAUCAAACUGCAGAACCUGCUUCUUACUGCAGUCUUGAGUUUUAUUACAUCAGUAUACACAGGUGUGUGAAGUCUGGAUCUAAUCCCUGUAGAUGAACUCAGUGCACCUCUAGAACACUGCUCUGAAAAAUGUCACGUUACAGAAGAAAUGUGAUGUAUCUCAUCGUCUGAUUGAGGUUUUACGAGUUUUAUUAAGAUCUGUUGUAAAACGUAUAGAAAUGAGUCCACUUUUAAGUAAAAAUAUAUCGAAAUUAUUCACAAAAGCAACACAUCAUUGUGCUAGAGGAACAAAAUGAGCCAUAAUCAGUUAUUAGACAUUACUAUUAUUACUAUUAGACAGGGUUCUUUGUGUCUUAUGCCCGAUAAGAAAGGUUUAGACCCCUGAUAUAACUGCACAUGCCUCUGUGUGUGUGUGUGUGUGUGUGUGAGUGAGUGAGUGUGUGAUGGAUUAUAUUUCUUUUCUGUGGCAAUAAGCAAAUGCUGAAGGUUCACUAUCGUCCUUUAGCUGGAGUCCAUAAAAACCUUGAUGUUCAUAAUGAAUACUAGCAAGAAUACCGUAUGACACAAUACAAUAAAAUAAUGUAAAAUUAAAAUUAAAUUAAAUAACAUUAUUGUCUCCAACAAUCUUGGAUAUUAUUAUUAUUAUUAUUAUUAUUAUUAUUAUUAUUAUUAUUAUUAUUAUUAUUAUUAUUAUGAUUGUCGUUGUGGUUUUGUUAAAUAUUAAUAAUAAUAAUAAUAAUAAUAAUAAUAAUAUGCAUUAAACAAGUUUCCAAGGUGAUUAAAAAACUAAAACAAAUACAUAAAAUAAAAAAAAGUCAUAGAAUAAAAGUGCCAGAUUUUAAAAAUGAAAGAGGAAACCAACCGAAGCACAUGCUAAGUGGCUAAGUGACAGAAUCUCACUCACCGAGCAAUAGCCGUGUAUAGAUAUAUAAAAAUGCAACCACCUCACUUUUAAGUAUUGUUGACAGUAUUGUCGGAACAUUAGUUCCGACUCACUUAGCUGCUGUAGUGAAGCGCAAACAGCUUCGUGUCUCACAUACGCUGCUUGUCUUGUCAUGUUAGUGUUAGCUGAGUGUCUGAUUGCUGCCAGCUGACAAACAUGAAGAAGUCACUAACCCCCGAUUCGACUUCACUUCUAGUUGCCUUGGUUUUUAAUGCCGUGUUUAUCUAUGAGACUUUUUUUUUUUGUGUGUGUGAUGGUUGAUGUGCGUCAUGUUUCUGAAGCAUCAGAUACCUAGCAUACAUUUCCACGGUGCUAAUCAAAGUAGCUGAGAAAUAUUUCCACACCUAUUCUUCCUCAGUCAGUGCCAGCAUUCAGUUUGCCAAUUGUACACAUUAACAGUGCACAUGCUCCUUUAAGAUCUUCAAAAUUGUUGAAAAAUGAUGCCGUUGGUGCGACAGGAGAAGUUUCAAAAUUGUACUUGUUUCGUCAAACUGGUGAUCGGCACAUAACUACACUUUUGCACAAAGCAGGUUUGUUUACAGGUUUACAGCAUGCUGUGUGUCUGCAAGCGGAUACUGGAUACAUUGGUCUUUAUUUUGAGAGAGAAAAAUAUAAAUUAUACGACAGAUUAUUUUCGUACAAAUGGAUGUGUAACAGAUGUUGAACCCCUAAAACAGCAACCAAACAUAUUUUUCUAAUCCUCUAAUCCAUUUUUUCGAAAAAUGUCAGGCCUACAUGGUUGCUGUUAUAAAAGUUUAAUAAGAAUAUUAAUUAUGGAUGAAAUGUAGUGUUUGGGGACAGAGACACAGAGACGUGUAAACGUACAUUAGGCUGUUUAACACCUUUGUUACACACCUAGAGCACUCUUAUUCCUGCUAAUAAGCAGCAAUUACACUUCAAUAAGAAGUCAGGGGAAGCUGUGUGUCGGGUGUCAAAUAAAGACUAAUCGACCUUCCAGCAAUAAAAUUUUUUUAAUUUAUUUAUGGGGUUUAGAUGUGUCCAGGACAGCUGAUAGAUGUUACUUGACUCUGCUUGUGUGCUAGCAACCUAGCACAGUAUGACUCGCUAGCUGUGGAACUCAACGUAAACUGACUUUCCUGCACAUUUCGUCCUUUUUGCUUUACAUGUACAUGGUCUUGUAAGAAGAGAAGUGUGUUCUAUUAUACAGGGUAGCUUUAAGUGGACUGCCUUCAGCAUGGUUGUAUAUAUAUUUGUUCCGAUUGGUCACACGUCUCAAGCUACGUUCACACAUGCAGCGAGUUUAGCGCCACAAGUGACUGUACUAUGAAGUAGUACUGGUUGCCAUGGCAAUAACAUUUAUCAGUGCGUGGCACAUUCCUCUUGGCUAUUAAUCUGUUUUCUUGUCGCUAAAACGAACCAUUCUGGAGGGAGAUUUGGUUUGUGUAUAAAAUUCAGCAAUGUUUAGCUGCAUCAUAUCAUACGAGAUGAAGGAGAAGCAGUAUGUGCUCUUUGCUACAGAUCACAUGCGCUCCACUGUCUUUACUCCCAUUGGUAGUCGAUGCGCUGUCCAAGUUGAUCCAAAUUUGCAUAAAGUUCUACUUUGAUCAGCUUGGCUCAUCGCUGGAAACGCCCACUUUUAAUCCAGUCACCAAUGAUCGCUGUUGCUCUUGUCACCAGAAGUUGUGAAAAUGAACGCUCGCUGAGUGGGUGAACGUAGCAUCACUGAGGCGUCUCGUGCCUGUUAAACUGACUGACUCGAGCGCUGUGCUAUUUGAUUACACCCAUCGUUCGUGAUGUAGAUAUUUGAAAUCUCUCACUACUCACAUUUGUAUACAGCGACGUUCGAAAAAGCAAGUCAGUGGAAUCGCCCGUCUGUUUAUAGCAUCUCUAGAACAAUAAACUAGCAUUUUAGUGAAUAUGCUAACCCGUAAGCCAAUGUUAUAAUCAACAAUGUAAAACACAAGUGUAUUUAUAGUUCAACUAAAUCAAACCUCACAUAAAGAAGCAUUCAGUUCUCGCUUGUCCUAGUCGUCAGAGUGAGGCUACUGUGAUUGAAGGCAAGCUAGAACAGUGCAGUUGUGUACGCCUUUUAAAAAAAAUAAAAAAUAAAUAAAAAUUAAAAAAUGGGCGUGUCCCUUUUGGUAAGAUGAAUAUACUAUACAAUCAAAAAGUGCUCUCACUGUAAAUGCCAUGAAUGUAUCACCUCUGUUUUUUUUAACCACUGUGUACCUUUGGUUUAUUUUUUAUUUAUAUAUUAAAAUGUUACGUGAAUGACAGUAUUGCAGAUGACUGUGUAGUCCACAUUACUGCUGUACACAGAAACGCACACUAUUGCACAAAUCGCAUGUAAUUAGCCUGGUUUUUGUUCGUGCUUCUAUUUCUGUCUUUUAUUAAGGUUUGUUUUUAAUAGGAACUUUUUUUUGUAUAUACAUAUACCAGUCCCUCCAGGGUUGGACAGAUGUUUUUUGUGAUUGUUGUGGCCAAAGAUGCUUAAUUUGCUGCCAUGUUUUAUUUCUUUUCUUUUUUUUUUCAAAUAUUUUCUUUCUUUCUUUUUUUUUUGUGGAAAACUACACAAAUGGGUGAAAUCACAAGCACAGGAUUCUUUUAAACUCCUUCCAGUGAAGACACGUAUGUAAUGACUUUCUAUGAUAGCUGAUAGCUAGUUACUCAUGUUUGACGAGCAUGAAUCGAAGACAGCUUGAAAAAUUCUUUUUCAAUGUUUAUUUAAUUAUUUUUUUCACAUUUAUAUUUUAUGUUAUUUUCUGAAAUCCUGGAGGGACUGAUAUACUGUAUACGUCUUUCGCUAAUUUGCAUUGCAGCAUUGUUGUAAACUGUACAGUUUGUAUUUAUGUAACACACACACACACACACACACACACAAACACACAUUAGCUAAAAAGCAAAUCAUGUUUUUAUUUUUGUUCUAUUUUUUUUAACAGUUUUAGCAAGCAGACAUUUUCAUUAGUGUGUGUGUGUGUGUGUGUGUGUGUGUGUGUGUGUUUAGGCUGAUCUAUACAGCAAAGAGAAUUUUGUAUCUAUAGCUGAAUCCUCAUAUAUUAAGGUGAAAAAAAGUGCUGUCAUUGACUGAACUUAUGUUAGGCACUUAGUGAUAACGUCUCAUCAGAACGUCACGUUAGAUAUUUUGCGCAAAUAUUUAAAAGUCCAGUGUUUGCACUAAUAACUCAGCACAUAGAUUAAUACAGGUCAUUUUGUUUGUUUUGUUUGUUUUUGUAAAUGACAAAACAAAACACACUUUCACUAACUGAUCAUUUUAGCAGUGUUUGUUUUUUUGUACGGAUUUGAUAGAUGCUUUCUCACCCCACACAGGCUCAAGUUUUUGUUAUAUAAAAAAGAAGAAAAUAAAAUAAAUCAAUGUUAAUGAUCUAGUGACAAACUGCAAAUGGAAAACUGUAAUAAAAGCAUUUGCAUUGGCA